CUGCUAGAGUUCCCGGCGGCUUGCACACAGACAUACACACGGCGCUCCACACAAACACACACACAUACACACGGAGCUCCGCACACACAAUACUGACAGCUGCGACUGACUCACAACCAAGGGGAAAGAUGGAGCACAGAGACAGCGAUUUCAACAUACUGCUAGCGACCGACUCCUACAAGGUCACACAUUACAAGCAGUACCCGCCCAACACCAGCAAAGUGUACUCCUACUUUGAGUGCCGGGAGACCAGAACGGAGCCCACAAAGAACCGGAAGGUCAAGUAUGACAAGACGGUGUUCUACGGCCUCCAGUACAUCCUCCACAAGUACCUCAAAGGGAAGGUGGUGACCCCUGAGAAGAUCCAGGAGGCCAAAGAGGUCUACAGGGAACACUUCCAGGAUGAUGUCUUCAACGAGAAAGGCUGGAACUACAUCCUGGAGAAAUACGAUGGCCACCUGCCCAUCGAGAUCAAGGCGGUACCAGAAGGCAGUGUGAUCCCGCGGGGGAACGUCCUGUUCACCGUGGAGAGCACCGACCCCGAGUGCUACUGGCUCACCAACUGGGUGGAGACGAUCCUGGUCCAGAUCUGGUACCCCAUCACCGUGGCGACCAACUCCAGGGAGCAGAAGAAGAUCCUGGCCAAGUUCCUCCUGGAGACCUCUGGCAACCUGACGGGCCUGGAGCUGAAGCUGCACGACUUUGGAUACCGGGGCGUCUCCUCCCAGGAGACGGCCGGGAUCGGAGCCUCCGCCCACCUGGUCAACUUCAAGGGCACCGACACCGUGGCUGGCAUCGGGGUCAUCAAGAAGUACUACGGGACCAAGGACCCCGUGCCCGGCUUCUCCGUGCCCGCCGCGGAGCACAGCACCAUCACAGCAUGGGGCAAGGACCACGAGAAGGACGCCUUCGAGCACAUCAUCAAGCAGUUCCCCAACGUUCCCGUGUCCAUCGUGAGCGACAGCUACGACAUCUACAACGCCUGCGAGAAGAUCUGGGGCGAGGACCUGAGGAGCCUGAUCGUGUCCCGCAGCGCCGACGCUCCCCUGGUGGUCCGGCCCGACUCAGGAGACCCCCUGGACACCGUCCUGAAGGUCCUGGAGAUCCUUGGUAAGAAGUUUCCCCCGACGGAGAACACCCUGGGCUACAGGGUCCUGCCCCCCUACAUCAGAGUGAUCCAGGGGGACGGAGUGGACAUCAACACCCUGCAAGAGAUCGUGGAGGGUCUGAAGGAGCAGAAGUGGUCCAUCGAGAACAUCUCCUUCGGCUCUGGGGGCGCCCUGCUGCAGAAGCUGACCCGCGACCUGCUCAACUGCUCCUUCAAGUGCAGCUACGUGGUGACCAACGGACUGGGGGUGAACGUGUUCAAGGACCCGGUGGCCGACCCCAACAAGAGGUCAAAGAAGGGGCGUCUGUCCCUGCACCGCACCCACAGCGGGCACUUCGUCACCCUGGAGGAGGGCAAGGGGGACCUGGAGGAGUACGGAGUGGACCUCCUGCACACGGUGUUCCAGAACGGCAAGAUCGUGAAGACGUACACGUUCGACGACGUCAGAGACAAUGCCAAGCUCAAAGACACAGAGAAGGAGGAGCUUCUCAAAUAAGCCCCCCCCCCCCCC